UUUAGUUUUUUCUUCUACAAAAACUUGGCUCGCAAUUCACUUCAACUUUUUACUUCCAUUUUCUUUCUCAAUUUUCAGAGCAAUUUUUCUUUAGCCAUGGGAAAGGGACCUGGCCUUUACUCUGAAAUUGGAAAGAAGGCGAGAGAUCUUCUUUACAAGGAUUACCACAGUGACCAGAAAUUCAUUCUUACUACUUACACGUCCACUGGAGUGGCAAUUACGUCAUCAGGAACAAAGAAAGGAGAUCUGUUUCUUGCUGAUGUUACAACUCAGCUGAAAAAUAAGAAUGUCACUACUGACAUCAAAGUGGACACAAACUCUAAUCUUUCCACAACUAUUACAGUGGAUGAAGCCGCACCUGGACUCAAAACAAUAUUUAGCUGUAUCUUCCCUGAUCAGAGGUCUGGAAAGGUUGAGCUUCAAUACCUCCAUGAUUAUGCAGGGAUCAGUUCAAGUAUUGGCUUGACUGCUACCCCCAUUGUGAACUUCUCCGGUGUGCUUGGAAAUGAAACUUUCGCCCUUGGAACCGACGUCGCAUUUGACACUGCCACUUCUAAGCUUACCAAGUGCAAUGCUGGAUUUAGCUUUACCACUUCUGAUCUCAUUGCUGCAGCCACUGUGAAUGACAAGGGUAACACCCUCACUGCAUCUUACUACCACACAGUGAGCCCUCUCACUAGGACCUCAGUGGGUGCUGAGCUUUCCCACAGUUUGUCGACAAAUGAGAACACCUUAACCAUUGGAACCCAGCACUCACUUGAUCCCCUGACCACGGUUAAGGGUCGGCUUAACAACUUUGGUAAGGCGAGCGCUCUCAUUCAACAUGAGUGGAGGCCAAAGUCCCUCUUCACUCUCUGUGGUGAAGUCGAUGCUCGAGCCAUUGAGAAGAGUGCAAAGGUUGGGCUCUCUGUAGCCCUCAAGCCUUGAAGUUGAGAGAGUGAGAGCAUGGAAGAGAAAAAGGCAAUAACGUCAAAGGAGACUGAAAAACUGUUUUUUUUUGUCUUUUCCCAUCCUUAUUGGGUUUUUUCCUGUUUUGUGACUAUCAAGUUUUGCCCGUUAUCUUUUUUGUUGGAGCGCAAUGUAGAAAUAAUUCUGGCCAUGGAGGACCAGAUAGAUUUACCUCCAUUUUGAGUUUCUUGAUUGAUUAUUAUGGUUUUUUGCUUUAAUUUGAAGCUAGAUAGAGCUCCAUUUUGUGUUUCCUGUGGUUCUCUGUCUCUAAAUUGAAGAGAUCAGAAAUUCGCUUGGAGACAUCAACAGAGAUGGCAUGGUUUUCGAUGCUUAUGUUUUGCGAUGAAAGUUGCAGCUGAUUUGUUAUGUGCA